AUGCCCCACAGCAUUGCACAAAAGUUCAAGGACUAUACAAUUCAGGAGGGUCUACUUUUGUAUCAAGGAAGAAUAGUUGCGCCAGAUGAACCUGAGAUCAGACAGCAGCUCUUAUCUCACUUCCAUGAUUCCCCUGUUUCUGGUCACCAAGGAAGAGCACAAACUCUGGAGUUAACCAGUCGUCACUACUACUGGCCAGCAAUGAAAUUCCAAGUCAAUUGCUAUGUGGAGCCUUCCCCCUGGGAAGACAUCUCACAUGAUUUCAUUGUCAAGUUUCCCAAGUGUAAGGGAUAUGACCGCAUCCUGGUGGUUGUAGACCGCUUCUCAAAGAUGAUGCACCUGAUUCCCUGCAAAGAAACUGCUACUGCUGAGGAUGUAGCUCAGAUGUUCUUGGAGCAUGUCUGGAAGCUACAUGGGACUCCCAAGCGCACUGUGUCAGACAGAGGGACUACAUUCAACUCCAAACAGUCUGAUUGGGUUAAUUGGCUCCCAUUGGCUGAAUUUGCUCAUAACAAUGCCAGAAGCAAAGCAACAGGGAAAUUGCCUUUUGAGAUUGUGUAUGGCUGUUCUCCUGUCAUUUCACUGCUCCUGGAACCCACUGGAUUGCCUAUUGCUGAUGAUAGAGCCAAGCAACUAGCUGAGACUAUUCAGGAAGUACAGGCAUCAAUCAAAUGGGCUCAGGAGCGCUACAAACAGGCAGACAAAGGGAAACCACCUCCUGAGUUUCAACCAGGAGACAAAGUUUGGCUUCUGGCUUCCAAUAUCAUGUUGCAGCGCCCCAACAAAAAGCUAGACCAUAAGCAGUAUGGCCUUUUCCCUGUCAUGGAAAGAGUGGGCUCUCACGCCUAUUGCCUGGCUCUCCCUGAGAACAUGAAGAUCCAUGAUGUGUUCCAUGUCAGCUUAUUGUCUGCUUUCAAACAAGACACACAGUUUGAUUGCACAUUCAUUCCUCCGCCGCCUGUAAUCACAACAGAAGGAGAAGAAGAGUACAAAGUAGACAAAUUUGUAGAUUGGGCAGCAGAAGACAGAAUCUGGAAGUACAGGGUCAAAUGGAAGGGAUAUGCGCCCCAUGAGGACACAUGGGAACCAGCCAAAGAUCCACAGCAUUGCAAGGAUGAAUUGCGCAACUUCUUUGCUAAUUAUCCGGAUGCCCUGGCUGCCAACAACCCCAUGCCUGCAAAUGCGUGCAAAGUUAAAAGAGGCAAGAUGGUCAAACAACUCAGCAAGUCAAAAAAAACUGCCCGCUUUGUCACUUUAUAA